CACAACCAGAAAAACAGCCAGUCGACUGCACGCGUUUUUAGCGCUGUGGGCAUUUCUUCUCUUCGCUCUGUCCAUCCUAGUAUGCGUAUCAUGGACUAGUUCCUACGCCCGGAUGAGCGAACACGAGCUACAAAAACUGGAGUUUUUCGCACUGCUCCGGAUACUGUUCACCACCGUGAUUUAUCUACAAGCUCCCUUACUGAUCAUGAUCAUGACCAUAAAAAGCCGGUAUCUCUACGAUAUUGUCUGCAAUCUGACGGUGUACACGGAAUCCAUGAUAUCCCAGAAAGCAGCCACCCGUAUCCGCUACGUCAUUUGUCUCCUGAUGUCAUGGAAUGCCAUCUACAUUGCCGGCUUUAUGGCUGCUAUUUAUAAAACGUUUCUUGAAAUCCGAGGGGUUCAAGCUACGGGUUGGGUUGAAAAGUUGGAAGUUUUGGAUUUAACUCACCGAAAAUUCCGAUGAUUAUCACGUGCGUUGCCUCCAUGCUGGGUGGAGCCCAUGCGGUCAGCUGUGAAGUAGUCCCCCAAAUGGCUCUCUUAGGCACUGUACUUUACAUGGGGGCGGCCUAUCAACAGAUUCGCCGUGAUGUGUACAGAGUAUUACAUGAAUUUGCGCCAAAACAGGAAGAGCCGACCGCGCAGCAGUUGGAGGAACUACAGCUCAAGUUCAAGCGACUCCAACUGUUUGUCCACGACCUGGAUGGUGUGUUUGCGGGAUUCUCGUUGUUCACUUUUGUUAAAGAUAUAAUCUGUCUGGCCGCCGUACUGGGCGCGGCGAUAACAGCACGGGAUCCCACGGACAAUCCGUAUGCUAAAUAUGUGGCUAGAGACAUGACGGUUGUCAUUGGUGGUCUAGGACUGGUCAAUGCUUGCAUCAAGUUUGGUAUUUGUAUCGCGUGUCAAGAAACGGUUCCGUCGAUCAAGGUGGCUCUUCAACGGACGGCGGUGUUCUUCCACGAUGCACCCAUAAUUCGGAGCAAAUGCGAAAGUUUCAUCGUAGUGUGUGGUGAUCAUAGUAAUGCGAUCACGGUGGGAGGUUUCUACCGGAUCGAUAGAGAAUUCAUCCGUGCGAUCGCUGAGAUCGUGCUGACCUACGGAAUACUCAUUUACCAGACCCACGACACCAAAAUGGAUAUUCGGGGACUAGUGUCCAAUAAGCACUUUGAGAUCUUCGAGGCGCGCAUGGGCAAAUGUGCUGGAUUCAGCAACCACAGCUUAGCAUUACUGUAA